UCGCUGUAGAAACCCGGAGGCUCAGGCGAUUGGCAGCGGUCUGGGAGGCGUCCUCCCCAGCCCGACCCCGCGCCGGGAUGAAGGCGGAGGCGGCGGCACGACAGCCCUGAAGUCCCCAGCGCCCCCUCCCCCGCGGCCGAGCCGGGCCGGGCGCGUCCCUGGGCGUGUGCCCCGCCGCAGCCCGCGGAGCCUCCCGAGUCUCCUGCCAGCGGGGCGGGGAGCGCGGCAAGCGCCCGCGUCUACGGCUGCCUCCCCACGCCCGAGCCUCCGCGCCGCGCCGAGGACGCGCGCCUCAGCCGGUCCCCCCGCCGCCGCCGCCGCCGCGCGCCCGGGCCCCCCGGCCCAGCCCAGAACAAUCGACCAUGACCACCGAAUCAGGAUCAGACUCGGAAUCCAAGCCGGAGCAGGAGGCCGAGCCCCAGGAGGCGGCGGGGCACGAGGGGGCGCAGCUGGGGGCGCAGCCGGGCCCCGAGCCGGCCUCCGAGGAGCAGCCCCAGGCGCCGGAGCAGUUCGAGGAGGCGGCAGCGCACAGCACGCCGGUGAGGAAGGAGGUCACUGACAAGGACCAGGAGUUUGCUGCCGGACCUGCCAAGCAGCUCGAAUAUCAGCAAUUAGAAGACGAUAAACUUUCUCAGAAAUCAUCUAGCAGCAAACUAUCUCGAUCUCCAUUGAAGAUUGUCAAAAAGCCUAAAAGCAUGCAGUGCAAAGUGAUACUUCUGGAUGGAUCAGAAUAUACCUGUGAUGUAGAGAAACGCUCCAGAGGCCAAGUGCUGUUUGAUAAAGUCUGUGAACAUCUGAAUUUGCUAGAGAAAGACUAUUUUGGGCUUACAUAUCGAGAUGCUGAAAACCAGAAGAACUGGUUGGAUCCUGCUAAGGAAAUUAAAAAACAGAUUCGAAGUGGUGCUUGGCACUUUUCGUUUAAUGUGAAAUUUUACCCACCAGACCCUGCCCAGCUCUCUGAGGAUAUCACCAGGUACUACCUCUGCUUGCAGCUGCGUGACGACAUCGUGUCCGGCAGGCUGCCCUGCUCCUUUGUCACGCUGGCCCUGCUGGGCUCCUACACCGUGCAGUCGGAACUGGGCGACUACGACCCGGACGAGUGUGGCAGCGACUACAUCAGCGAGUUCCGCUUCGCCCCAAACCACACGAAAGAACUGGAAGACAAGGUCAUCGAGCUGCACAAGAGCCACAGAGGAAUGACGCCAGCAGAAGCAGAGAUGCAUUUUUUGGAAAACGCCAAAAAACUCUCCAUGUAUGGGGUCGAUUUACACCAUGCCAAGGAUUCUGAAGGAGUCGACAUCAUGUUAGGAGUGUGUGCAAGUGGUUUGUUGAUAUAUCGUGACCGACUUCGCAUCAACAGAUUUGCCUGGCCAAAGGUUCUAAAAAUUUCAUACAAACGGAACAACUUUUACAUUAAGAUCCGGCCAGGAGAGUUUGAACAAUUUGAAAGCACCAUCGGGUUUAAGCUGCCAAACCAUCGAGCUGCCAAGCGUUUAUGGAAAGUAUGUGUAGAACACCAUACAUUUUUCAGACUGUUGUUACCAGAAGCGCCUCCAAAGAAGUUCCUCACCUUGGGUUCCAAGUUCCGGUACAGUGGCAGGACACAGGCCCAGACCAGAAGAGCCAGCGCGCUGAUAGACCGUCCAGCCCCGUACUUUGAGCGCUCGUCCAGCAAACGUUAUACCAUGUCCCGCAGCUUGGAUGGAGCAUCAGUGAAUGAAAACCAUGAAAUAUACAUGAAGGAUUCUGUGUCCGCUGCAGAGGUUGGUACUGGCCAGUACAUCACCACAAAGGGCAUGUCUCAGACCAACUUGAUCACCACUGUGACUCCGGAGAAAAAGGCCGAGGAGGAGCGGGACGAGGAGGAGGACAGACGGAAAAAGGCCGAGGAAGUCACGCCGGUCGCUGCCGUCCGGCACGAGGGAAAGACGGACAGUGAGCGCACAGACACGGCAGCUGACGGGGAAACCACUGCCACUGAGUCGGACCAGGAGGAAGAUGCAGAGCUCAAGGCACAGAAUAGUCUGAUUAAGCGAAUAAAGGGUGAAAAUGUGUAUGUCAAACAUAGUAAUCUUAUGUUAGAGGAGCUAGAUAAAACCCAAGACGACCUGAUGAAACAUCAGACCAAUAUUAGUGAGCUGAAAAGAACCUUUUUAGAAACCUCCACAGACACUGCCAUCACGAACGAGUGGGAAAAGAGGCUUUCCACCUCCCCCGUGCGACUAGCCGCCCGGCAGGAGGAUGCGCCCAUGAUCGAGCCGCUGGUACCCGAAGAGACUGAAGAAGAAAGGGAGAUUUCAGAAAAGGUUCUAUUUUUGCAGCAAGGAAGCUCUCCAUUCUUUGAGUCUCAGCGGAGUGUGACACAGAAAAUUCAGGAAGGAGACUCAGCAAUCUCUGUGGUUACCUCUCGUCAAAUCAUUUUCCAGAAAACUGUCCCAUCGACCCUAGAGACCAAACAGACUUCUGGCGAAAAGCUCAUGGACGGCUCAGAAAUCCUCAGCUUAUUAGAGUCCGCGAGAAAACCGACAGAGUUCAUAGGCGCGGUCACUUCCACUUCUCAAAGCUGGGUGCAGAAAACAGAAACCAAGAUGGAGUCCAGCGAUAUAGAGAUGGAAACAGCCCAGCAACCCCAGCCACCGAGUGUAGAGAAGGUUGUGCAGGAAACGGUGCUGGUGGAGGAGAGACACGUGAUGAAUGUGCAUGCGAGCGGGGAUGCUUGUCACGUAGCUGGAGAUGACGUGGACACUGCGACCCAGGCAGCACCUGCUGAUGCUUCUGGUGCAAAAGGGAAGGAGGGCUCAGCUCUUACUGAGGGGGCAAAGGAGGAGAAAGGGGAGGUGGCCGAUACAGUUGUUGUGGAGCAGGACGAAAUGGCCACUGCUUCCUGUGAGCCAGAGGAGGAGCAGACUGCAGCCAUCCACGUUUCAGAAACUUUGGAACAAAAACCUCAUUUUGAGUCUUCAACUGUGAAGACAGAAACCAUCAGCUUUGGCAGCGUUUCACCAGGAGAAGUAAAGCUAGAAAUUUCUACCAAGGAAGUGCCGGUAGUUCACACAGAAACAAAAACCAUAACAUAUGAAUCAUCACAGGUCGACCUCAGUGCUGACUUGGAGCCAGGUGUGCUCAUGAGCGCGCAGACCAUCACAUCUGAAACCACCAGCACCACGACCACCACCCACAUCACCAAAACUGUGAAAGGAGGCAUUUCAGAGACGAGGAUUGAGAAGCGAAUCGUCAUCACUGGAGACGCGGACAUUGAUCAUGACCAGGCGCUGGCUCAGGCAAUUAAAGAGGCCAAAGAGCAGCAUCCUGACAUGUCAGUGACCAAAGUAGUGGUCCAUAAAGAGACAGAGAUCAGCCCGGAGGAUGGAGAAGACUGAGCCCAGGAAUAACCUAGGCUGCACACGAAGCCAGUCAUGCAAACCAUUAGGAAAAACCAGAGUCUAUAUGGCGUUCCCUCUUCUAACCCACUGACUUAUAUCUGCCCGUGGACAAUUUCAAUCCAGAAGAACUGACUUUGACCAUUUAAUAAAGACACUGGCAGAGAGAUCUUCCCAUAAUAAAGCAAUCUGAAUCAGCACCACUAAACCGAUAUUGCAUGAAGCAACAAUACAGUUACAAAAAGAGCAGCAUUUUUACUUUUCACACCGUGUCUCCGUUUUCAGCUCCACCUGCACGUUCAUAACCAACAGUAGAAACCGUGAUCUCAUGUAACACACAAAACAGUCCAUGCCUUUCAUAGCUGAUGAUGGUUAAAGUCUAAACAAAAUUGCAAUUUCUUAGGUGACACAUCUUUUGUUUACAGAUCAACGAAGAUUACCCUAAACUGCUAGAAGCUGUCUAGGUCCGCUGUGUCAGGUUUUUCCCAGAUUAGAUGUGCCAAUAACCGAGUUCAUUCAGUAAACAACUUGAAUCUUGUUAUUUGUUUCCUCUGGUUUAUUACUCUCACCCAUCAACGGUAAUGACUCUCCGGAAAUAUUUAAUGCUCACAAUCCUGCUUUGUGUAAUCUAAUUUAAUUUGUUAUAAGGUAGUACUGAUUUUAGCAUAUUAAUGUGAUUUCUUCCCUGUCGUCUGCUUUGGUCCGUGUUAAAUCUGGAAAGCUUCCCAGGGUACCCUGACGAGUCCUAAAUAUGUAAAAUGUCAUUAUUUUGGAAAGAAAACCGGUAUUUUUGUUAGUGUACCGUAAUGAUGAGACUUCACUCUCGGAAAACUCGUUGGGCUUCAGUUGCUUUUGUUUUUUCUUUCUUCAUUUCUCCUUCCUUGUAUUUUUUUUUUAAUUUUCUUUUUUUACUUGAAAAAAUUGUUUUAUUUCCAAAUCUGGUCCAUAUUUACAAUCUAGUUCAGAGCCAAGCCUUAAACUGUACAGAAUUUCCACUGUAAUUAAACUAUCUAGCAUUGAGUUAUAAAUAGCCUUCAAGAAGAUAUAUUCUCCAUUUCACUGUCAACUGCAUCGCACAGCCCCUGGUGAAUGUAUGUUUCCGCAUAGCAAAAUAAAAAUGGUCAAUGCAUUUAAA